GGCACCAUGCUGAGCUUCAACCUUCACCUUGAUCCAUGAGGACUGGAGGGAAAAAAACACAUCCUCAGAUCACUGAACACUGGCCUGCACUUCUGGGUACGGCUUGAGUCAGCUGACCAGGAACCAGCCAAUCAGAAGUGGUUCGCUGGUGUAAAUAAAGAGUCGGUUUGCGCCCGUGUAAACAGCGACCGAGAGGGAGAAACCGGGCAGAAACAUGGUGGAGACGAAACACAGCGACACGAAGGGAGCUGCCACAACAGACAGCAGCAGCAGCAGCAGCAGACAGGAGGGCCCCGGAGGACUGUGGGACUCUGUGAAGAAAGCUGCGUUUGUCAUUGGAUCCGGAAUCUUGUUCUUGGCCGCGUUCGGCAACUCGCUCACAUGGCAUCUUCAGAGAUUCUGGGGAGCUUCAGGAGAUUUCUGGCAGAACCUGUGGACUAAGCUGUACCUGGCAUUUGAAGGUCACGAUGCUGCUCUGUUCUUCUUUGGGACGAUGUUAUUCCCCACUCUGACGUUCUGGGUGUCGAAUGCUCUGCUGCUAUUGGUUGACACCACGGGUAAACCCUCCUUCAUCACUCGCUACCGGAUCCAGGUGGACAAGAAUAACCCGGUGGAUCCUGUGAAGCUUCGCCACGCAGUGAAGACUGUCCUGUUCAACCAGGUGUUCAUCUCCGGACCCAUGGUGGUGGUGGUUUACUACCUGAUGUCCUGGCUGGGAAACCCCUGUAGCCCCGAGCUGCCCACAUUCCACUGGGCCCUGACGGAGCUGGCCGCUUUCGCCAUCUUAGAGGAAAUUCUGUUUUACUACUCACACAGGCUGUUCCACCAUCCGGGCCUCUACAAGCAUUUCCACAAACAGCACCACGAGUGGACCGCUCCCAUCGGAGUCGUCGCCAUCUACGCUCAUCCUCUGGAGCACGUGAUCUCCAACAUGCUGCCUGUGGUGAUCGGACCUGUGAUCCUGGGCUCCCACCUGUCCACCACCACCCUCUGGUACUGCCUGGCUCUGGUCAGCACCACCAUCUCCCACUGUGGGUACCACCUCCCCUUCCUGCCCUCUCCGGAGUUCCACGAUUUCCACCACCUCAGGUUCAACCAGUGUUUCGGGGUCUUUGGUGUGCUGGACCGGCUCCAUGGCACUGACACUAAAUUCAGGCAGACCAAGCAGUACGAGCGCCACACCCUGCUCACCAGCCUCACCCCGCUGACCGAGAGCAUCCCGGAUUCACCCAAGAAAGGCCAGUGAUGAACCUGUGAACUUUGACCUCUAACCUCAGGCUCUGGGCCUCAACAAGUUUGGGAAACAUCGCCCACGAUACGUGGCGCCAAAAAUUCCCAAUCAACUUUAUAAUGACAAUUAGAUUUGAUUAUUUUAAUCCAGGAAACCUGUUGAUCAGUUUCAGGCACCAGCUUCACUAAAUGCACUAAACCAGAUGUGCAGGUGUCAGGCACUUUUAAAAGUUUAGCCUCCUCACUAUUUUUCCUUGUUUUUUCUUGUAAAUUUAUGACUUUAAUCAUAAAUUCAUUUUUUUCUCAGAAUAUUACACCCUCCCCUAGCUCUGUAAAUAGUUUUUAAAUGGCCCUAGUGCGCCGUUGCAGUUCCCUGCUCGAGUAAAUGUAAGAAUUUGGUGGUGGAUUAUUUAUCUCCCAGAUUCCACUAACUCAUCUCUGUCCCUCCUCCCUAGUUAAACUAAAGUAGAGGGAAACUCUGCAGUAUGAAUAAACCACUCCAGUUAUUCUCAGUGUGAAGCACCUGAAACAUGGUCAGCAUGGGAGUGAGAGAAGCUCGUUAUGCUGCAGUCAGAGCUUCCAACAUUCCUGAAUAAGGACAGAGGGCUACAGCUACUGAGCUUGUUUUAACGUAAAUAUAACUCUCUUAUCUUUCUAUCAUGUGAAAUUGUCACAUCAUAGAAAUGUCAAUCAUCUCUCAGUCCACUAACCCAGUUGAAAUUAUUGUGUCCUGACGACAGCCACAAAACAUGUCCUCACUGUUCUUUAUGAAUCGUAGCUUUAACACCAGGUAUAAUAACUAUUUUAAAUGCUGUAUUAUUAAUGCAUUAAUCUUAAGUUAUGUAUUAAUUCUUAUUAACAGAGUUUAUAUUUUAAGUAAAGUUUAGUAACAGCUCAUCAGUCCAGACUCUUCUGCUGCAGACAGAAGAUACAUUUGCACUUUUUAAUUUUCAUGGCACUUAAACAAACCCCUGAAUGUUAAAUGUGUCUUUUUGUAUUAUAGAAGGCCUCUGUAAUGCUUGUAUAAGAAGAAAUGAAUGUUGGGAAGAAAAAAGACCUUUGAAACAUUUCCUACUGUGAUUAAUACAAGAAUGUUUUGACUGGACUGUUAAAUAUUAUAAAAACAUUUAAAAAAAGA